AGUGCCCUGCUCUGCUCACGCUAUGACGUACGAUGCCUGCCCGCACUCAUCCCACUACCCAGCCCUCACCCUCUGCUAAUAUCCACGCCACCCCGCCAACCGCCGUCCCGAGCCCAGCACCAAGCCUUCAGGACAGUCAUCAGCCUCCCGGGUCUUCUUAGAUAAACCCGCCCUCCCUGCGCGCCGCUGCAACGACACACACUCCCCUCCACCUUGUUCCGUACGUUGCCGGCACCUUUUAUUCUUCGUUGCGACAGCCCGACACGCGCCCGCGCUACUGUAGCCCAGGCCACCACUGCUAGAUUACUCCUCUGUAGUCGACGCGCGAACCCAUAUCCCUAGGCCCUGCUUUGCUGUUAGAACUUGUGCCACUGCCCGUCUCUGCUUUUCCUGGAGGCUGAACUCGCGCCAUGUCCGAGUAUAGCUACGACGACCGUCCACGGCGUCGCGACCGCGUGCGCGAGCGCGAGCCCGAGUACGUCACCGAGACGACGUACAUCGAGCGCGGUGGCCGUGGAGAGGGAGUGCGCGACUUGGUCUACCGACCCCGCCGCGAAGACAGCAUCGAAGAGGUCGCCCGCGACUUCCCUCCCCCAGGCGCCGAGUACAGGCGCACCAAGUACCGCGAGACUUAUGAGCCACGCCGCACCCGCUCCGCCCACCGGGACUACGACUACGACGACUACUCCCGCGACGGCCGUGACGGCCGCAGCAGGCGGGCGCGCGACUAUGACGACUACUCCGAGUACAGCGAGCGGCCCAAACCCCAGCGACGCAAGUCCAUCGUCGACAAUGUCAAGGAGUUCGCCGAGUCCGCAGGUCUGGGAGGUGUCAUUGGCGCAGUGACUGGCCGCAGCCGUUCCCGCUCACGACACCGGAAAGACCGCGGCUACGAGAGCGACCGUGAUCGCUACGAUGACCGGUACUCGGAAGACCGCCGAAGCAGCCGCUACGGCUCGCGCAGCCCAAGCCGCCAUGGCAAAUCUCAGGCCAAGUGGGAGCAGGCUGCCAAAGCCGCCAUUGUAGCUGGUGCCGUGGAGGCCUUCCGCAGCCGAAAGCAACCCGGUCCCUGGACCGGCGAGAAGGGCCAGCGCAUCGCUACUGCUGCCCUCGGUGCCGCUGGUAUCGACAGUCUCGUCGACAAAGAUCCGGACAAGCACAGCAAAAGACACGUCGCCGAAUCAGCUCUCGGCGGUCUCGUUGCGGCCCGCGUUGCGAAUGGCUCCCGCUCCAAGUCUCGCGGACGCGGAGGUUCUCGGUCUCCUUCACGCUCCCGCUCCCGCUCCCGCUCCAGGUCAAUUUUCGGCCGCUCCCGUUCCCGUGGACGCUCGCGUUCUGGAUCUCGCGAACGUGGUGGGGACAACACACUCGGAAAAGUAGUUGGAGGCGGAGCAGUUCUAGCAGCAGGCAAGGCUCUCUACGACCGCGUGCGCUCCAAGUCACGCUCCAGGCGUGAGCGCUCGCCUUCGUACGACAGUGCCGACGAAUAUGAACCACCAUCCCGGAACCGCCGCUCCCGCGGCGGAUACGACCGGGGCCGUAGUAUGGACGGUGCCUAUUCCGAUGCUCCCAGAGCUAAUCCAGAUCGCAGACUAGCGGCAGCCACUGGGGGAGGAGCAGUCGUCGCGGGCGGCUCUCAACGAGGGAGGAGAGAUAGCAGCUCUAGCUCCACAUCGACGACGGACAUGGAGCAGAAGCGCAAGAAACUAAGAGGUAAGGAACUCCUUACUGCCGGUCUUGCAACUGUCGCCACCAUCCACGCCGCGCACGGCGUUUACUCGUCCAUGGUCGCCUCUGAAAAACGGCGCAAGCUGGUUGCCGAGGGCGAGAUAACGGCCGAGGAGGCGCGCAAGCGCAAGUCCAAGAACAUGCUGCAGGACGCAGCGGCCGUGGGUAUUGCGGCCAUGGGCAUCAAAUCUGCCUUCUCCGAGUGGAAGGAGAUGAACGAGCAGCGGCACAGCGUGCAUGAGCUUGAGGCGCGGCGACGCAAGAGGAGGAAGAUGCGCGAGCGCAAGGAGCGAGAGGCCCGGCAGAAUGCACUCUCUGGUCAAGGCGUGGCUAAUCCGUAUGCCUACCCUGUAGCUGCUGCCCCGUACGGCCCGGCCUACGUCGAUGCGAAUCCCUACGGGAGCCUACCGCCGCCGCCGGUGGGCGGUGCGCCGAGUGCGCGGUAUUAG